AUGAAUUCGCCAAUCACUCCUUACAAAAUCUCGAUCCCUGAUUCGCAAAUUUCAACUCUACACAAGAAACUCUCAGUCUCCUCCUUCCCAGAAGAAGUCGAUUUCUCAGAUGAUUGGGCGUAUGGAUCCACCCUCAAAGACGUCAAACGCCUGGCGAAAUAUUGGGGAAAUGGAUUCGAUUGGCGUGCCCAAGAAGCAAAAAUAAACGAGCAAUUUCCACAGUUUACGACGAAGAUCGAGGUUGAAGGAUUUGGAGAGAUUGAUAUGCAUUUGGUGCAUCAAAAAGGAAAGAAGGGUAGUGUGCCGUUGUUGUUUGUUCAUGGCUGGCCGGGAAGCUUUCUGGAGGUGGGGAAAAUGUUGAAAUUGCUGACGGAAGGAAAGAAUGGAGUCUCUUUUCAUGUUGUUGCGCCUUCGCUUCCUAAUUUUGGGUUCUCGGGGGGUGUGAAGGGGAAGGGGUUUGAUCUUAGCAAGUAUGCUGAAGCGGUUCAUAAGGUUAUGAUGAAGCUCGGAUAUGAGAGAUAUGUAACUCAAGGAGGUGACUGGGGAUCGGAAAUCACUCGAGCCAUCGGCCUCCAAUACCCCAAACACUGUCUCGCCUCCAACAUAAACCUCAUAGAAAUCUCACUCGACACUCUCUCCUCCUUCGUCUCAAAGAUUAAAACCCCUCUCACAGACCAAGAAAAAGCAGGCGUAGAACGCACCCACUGGUUCAACAAAGAAGGCUCCGGCUACAACAUCCUCCAAGGCACCAAACCGCACACCCUCUCCUUCGCCCUUCGCGAUCCCCUCUCCCUCCUCUCCUGGAUCUUCGAAAAACUCCACGACUGGACAGAUUCCUAUCCCUGGACCGACGACGAAAUCCUGACCUGGGUUUCCAUCUACCAGUUCUCGCGCGCCGGACCGGAGUCUAGCGUGCGUAUUUACUACGAGGCUACGCAUAUGGAUCAGAAUUUAAAGGCAAAGUAUUGGCAGUUUAUUGAGGGUCCGAAGUUGGGGUUGAGUUAUUUCCCAAGGGAUAUCAAUUUGCCGCCGAGUGAGUAUGGGAGGACGCUUGGAGAGGUGGUUUUUGAGAGGAGACAUGAGAGUGGUGGGCAUUUUGCGGCGUGGGAACGGCCGGAGGAGUUGGCGGGGGAUUUGUUUGAGAUGUUUGGGGAGGGGGGAGGGGCGGGGGAGGUUGGGAGGGGGAUUGUGCAGUAG